AUGUUGCAGGCUGCACUUGUUCAGUUACUACGAUGUACCGAUAGGGAAUGUGUGAAAGCGAAUGCAGAACCAAAAGCUCAAGAGAUACGAAAUGCAGUCGAGCAACUUUCUGAGGCUGUCAAAAGCUGUUCAGCAGCAGCUCCGAACGCUAGCGUAAGCGGUACGGAAACGCCGCCUCCAGACUUCAACACGGGCCAGGACACGAACCACAAAGCUGAUUCUGAUGUACAGGAAGAAGACAGUGUAAAGUCCACUCUAGAAGAAGAACGCACCCUUGAUGAUUUGCUGAACAAAUUGAAUUUGAGGAAGGUGCCGAAAUUCUCGCCUACUUUCCCAGAUUUGGACACAGCUGAGUCAGAUGAUGAUUAUGCAGUGACAACUGAUGAAAGAAAAGAGGAAAGAGAGGAGAAACAUGGACAAAAGGUAUGACU